GUGAGUUUAGCCUCGGGACGAAAGAUAGUUACUACUGCUAAAGCUACAGAUCUCAGUCUUUCUAUCGGUGGCCGUACAUUGUCUACCGACGCUUACAUUCUCGAGAUGAGGGACUUUGACCUCAUACUCGGCAUGGAUUGGCUAAUAUAUUUUCAUGCCAAUAUUCGAUGCCAUGACCGGAAGAUUACCCUUUAUCUUCCGGGAGAUAAUCAAAUUACUUUCUAUAGCACCAAGACUCGUUCCUUGCCUCAUUUUAUUUCAAUGGCGAAAGCCAAAAAGAUGUUGCGACGAGGCGACUGUCAGGGUUAUCUUGUAAGCCUUGUCGAUGAUUCACCAAAGGCACGAACACCUCAUGACGUUCCUAUUGUUCUUGAGUUUGUGGACGUGUUUCUGGACGAACUUCCAGGAGGACCACCUAACCGGCAGGAAGAGUUCUCUAUUGACCUUAUUCUAGGAGCCGACCCAGUUUCCAAAGCACCUUAUCGUAUGGCGCCGAAAGAAUUGCAAGAACGUAAGGCGCAAAUCCAAGAGUUAUUGCAACUCGGUUUUAUCCGACCGAGCAUGUCACCGUGGGGAGCACCCAUUCUUUUUGUCAAGAAGAAGGAUGGUCCUAUGCGCAAGUGUAUCGACUAUCGGGAUCUUAACCGGUUGACGAUCAGGAAUAAAUAUCCGCUUCCCAGGAUUGACGAUUUAUUUGAUCAGCUGAGGGGAGCUUGUGUUUUCUCCAAGAUUGAUUUACGAUCAGGCUACCAUCAGCUGAAAAUCAAAGAGUCAGACAUCCCCAAGACCGCUUUUCAUACUCGGUAUGGUCAUUAUGAGUUCGUAGUCAUGCCAUUUGGUCUCAGCAACGCCUCAGCAGUAUUUAUGGACCUGAUGAACCGUAUCUUCCAUCCUUAUCUUGAUCAGUUUUUUAUUGUUUUCAUUGAUGAUAUUCUUAUCUACUCCAAGAUCCAGAAGGAACACGAGGAGCAUCUGAGGGUUGUCCUUGAAACCCUUAGACGAGAAAAGUUAUAUGCAAAAUUCUCCAAAUGCGAAUUCUGGCUCCAGCGAGUAGCUUUUCUUGGCCAUGUUAUUACGCAGGCAGGUAUUGAGGUUGAUCCAUCCAAGGUUGCCGCUGUUCAGAAUUGGUCGACACCGAAGAGUCCGUUCGAGGCUCGCAGUUUUCUCAGUUUGGCUGGUUAUUACCGCAGAUUCAUUGAGGGUUUCUCCAAGAUUGCCCUUUCUUUAUCUCAGCUGAUGAGGAAAUCUGUGAAUUUCGAGUGGACUAAGCGAUGUGAAUCGAGCUUACAGGAGCUCAAGAAGAGACUUACCACAGCACUGGUGUUGACUAUUCCUGAUCCUUCUUGGAGUUUCACUAUUUUCAGUGAUGCUUCAAGACAGGGUUUGGGAUGCGUACUCAUGCAGGAUGGCCAGGUCGUUGCUUACGCUUCACGCCAGCUAAAGCCACAUGAACAGAACUAUCCGACACACGACUUGGAGCUAGCCGCAGUUGUUCAUGCCCUCAAGAUUUGGCGACAUUAUUUAUACGGCGGUCGAUGCGAGAUUUUCACAGAUCAUAAGAGCUUACAGUAUAUUUUCACUCAGAAAGAGCUCAACAUGAGACAACGCCGUUGGUUAGAGCUCGUCAAGGAUUAUGAUUGCACGAUCCAGUAUCAUCAGGGAAAGGCGAAUGUUGCUGCAGAUGCCCUAAGCCGUAGGGUGAAGGGUGAUUUGACUUAUGUUGUUACUCAGCAAAGCCGUCUUAUUCAGGAGUUCGCCCGGAU